AUGCCGAUGGGAUCUCAGAUCCUCUCCCCGUACGCCUCGAGCGACGACUACCGGAGCUCGCACCUCGCGCUGACGCACCAGAACUCGGUUUUGCAGUCGUCGCAUAUCGCCCACAAGGACAUGGUGAAACCCCCCUACAGUUAUAUCGCUCUGAUCGCCAUGGCCAUCCAGAACACGCCGGAGAAGAAGCAAACUCUGAGCGGAAUCUACGACUUCAUCAUGAUCAAAUUCCCCUUCUAUCGGCAUAAUAAACAGGGCUGGCAAAACUCGAUUCGACACAACCUCUCGCUGAACGAGUGCUUCGUGAAAAUUCCUCGCGACGAGAAGAAGCCCGGCAAGGGAAGUUACUGGACGCUACAUCCAGAAUCGCUCAACAUGUUCGAGAACGGAAGUUAUUUGCGUAGGAGGAGACGUUUCAAGAAAAGCGACCUGGAGCGCAAGAACGACCAGCAGCAGCAGCAACAACAGCAGCUACAGCAACUGCAACAGGAGCAGCAGCAACAACACCAUCAACAUCAGCAGCAACAAACAUGCUUCACCGCCGCAGAUGUUGUCGCUCCGACAGCUGCAGCAGCCGUACGGUCAGAUUUUGCGGCGAAAGACGACAUGGCGGUCGCUUACCCAGUACAGCACAUGGUGCUCGGCUCGCCAUCGGAAAUGCAGCUUCUUACCUCAAAAUCCGCAACGGUCAAACAGGAAUAUCCCUCGCCCCCACAGAGCGCUGCAGGUGUCGAGUUCUAUCAAGUCGGGAGCGAACGGAUCGACGCCGGAAUGUAUUCCCAAACACAUUGGCACUACGGUCAUUUGAAAAAAUCCGUGGUUUAUCCCGCAAUGGAGGCUGCGCCGAUUAACAACACCGGGGACCAGCUGACCGAGAUGGGCUACAGGUGGCACACGCAAGACUGUUCCAGUCCUGAUCCUGGCAGCUAUGUCGCCAGCAUUCAGGAUUACCAUCCUGCGCAGGCUGCGGGUCCGUCGGGAUUUUCGGGGCACGCAACGGCAGCCGCCGCUGCUGCUGCCGUCAACCACUUAGGUUACUUUUGUGAUAACGGCUCGCCCACGGCACGACAGCAGGGCUGGUCGUACCCAAUUUAG